GGCGGAGGAGGAUCCGAGAGCUGGAACCUUUGCAAAGCCAGGCGGGCGCGGAGCAUCCAGGACUGGAGCAGCCCCCAGCCCCGCAUCCAGCCGGGUCCGAGCCAGGGUUGCUGCAGCGUCGGGGCUUCCCUGGCUCGCUCGCUCGCUCGCUCCCAGGGCUGCCCGGCCGGCCGCUGCCCGAGGAGCUCGGUCCCGUUCCCGGCUGCGGCGGGCGGCGAUGAGUGAGGCUCGGGGCGGGCAGCGCCGGCCCGGCCCCGCGGCCAGCCAGCCCCCCGCGCGGUGACAGCCUCCCCCGGUACCCGGGGCCGGCGCUCGCUGCGCCCCAGGCUCCUUCCCCCGCGGCGCUGCGCCGCGCCGUCCGAGGAGCAGGGCGGGGCUGCCCUCGCAGGGCGGCGCGGGGGGCUCGCUCGGCCCCGGGCCCGGGAGACGCGAGGAUGGGCUGAGCACCGCGGGGGCCUCUCCCCGGACGGGGGGACCCGCGGCCCGGCCCGCACCCGCCCUGCUCGGAGAGGGAGCGGUGGCGCCGCCUGCCCGGCCCGGGGCUCGGCGCGGCGCAGAGCAGAGCAGCGAGGCGGGAGGAGACGGACUCCGCAGGGCCAGGCUCCGCUCCCGCUGGCCCGCCCGGCAGCGGUGAUUCCGGGCAGCCCAUGGCAAAGAGCAGGUGGAUGCGAGCAUGACUCGGGUGAUUAAUAUUCCGGCAGCGCGCCAAGCCGUCCCCGCUCGCUGCACCAGAUCCUAGCAGCCUCCGAGCCAGCAUCAGCCUCGCCGCUGCACCAAUGGUUCCCGGCCCUGCGGCUCUUUGCGCCUGGCACCUGGCCCUGCCUCGCUGAGCGUUACCAUGUGGCUUUGGUACCUAGCGCCUGGUCAACGCCUGGGGCUGAGCUGCGGGAAAGUCUGGCUCCUGGUCCUCUUGCUGCUGGGUUGCGGCCUUGCCCGGGAAGGGGGGUCGAUCCUGAACUGCCCCCCAAAAUGUGUGUGUGCCAGCAACAUUAUCAGCUGCUCCAAGCUGGGCCUGGGAGUCAUCCCCACUAAGCUGCCUCGCUUCACAGCCAUCCUGGACCUCAGCCACAACAACCUGACCCGCCUGCGGGCGGACUGGACCCCCACCCGCCUCCCCCACCUCCACUCCCUGCUGCUCAACCACAACGCCCUGGGCUUCAUCUCCACCGAGGCCUUCUGCCACGUCCCGCACCUGCGGUACCUGGACCUCUCCUCCAACAGCAUCAAGGUGCUGGAGGAGUUGCUCUUCAGCCAGCUGCAGGAGCUGGAGGUGCUGCUGCUCUAUAACAAUCAGAUCGCCCAGAUGGACCGCAGUGCUUUCGAUGACAUGGCCAGGCUGCAGAAACUCUACCUGAGCCAGAACCAGAUCUCCCGCUUCCCCAUGGAGCUGGUGAAGGACCGGGCCAAACUGCCCGACCUGGCCCUGCUGGACCUUUCUGCCAACAAAAUCAAGGGCCUGCCGGUCGCGGCCCUGAAAGGCCUCCCUGCCUGGAUGAAAAAUGGCCUCUACCUCCACAGCAACCCGCUGAGCUGUGACUGUGGGCUGUACGAGCUCUUCACGCACUGGCACACACGCCAGCUCAGCUCGGUGGUGGACUUCCGGGAGGAGCUGGUGUGCAGCCUGCCCCUGGCCAAGCGCAGCGUCAGCGUCUUCACCCUCAACAGCCAAGACUCCCUCAACUGCAGCGAGUUCAAGGAGCACAUGCUGGAGGCCUACCUGGGGGACACAGUGACCAUCAACUGCGACACCAAGGUCCGGGGGGCGACCACCAGGGAAUGGGUGACCCCAAACAACAGGCGCUUCCCGGAGGAGACCGCCAACAGCACCAUGACAGUGCUGGGCAAUGGCAGCCUGCAGAUCCGCCUCGUCCGGGUGGAGGACAUGGGCACGUACACCUGCUACGCGGUCAGCCAGGCCUUCAACGAGACCCUCUAUGUGGAUGUGAUGGUCCACAACUUCACCCAGCAUGGACCUCACGACACGCUGAACACGGCCUACACCACGCUGGUGGGCUGCAUCCUCAGCGUCAUCCUGGUGCUCAUCUACCUGUACCUGACACCGUGCCGCUGCUGCUGCCACGGCAACGAGAAGCUGGCUGCCCAGCCGGAGGACAGCAUCAACUCCUCCAUGCUCAGCACCACACCCAACCACAACCCUGAGGCAGCCGGUCGCAAGGGAAGCCUCAGCCACCUCGCGGCUUCCGGCCCCAUGCAAGGCCAGAACGGCAAGGUCAAACCCAACAGCACGCCAGAGGAGGCAGCCAGGAGGGCCCAGAAGGCCCCCAGGAAAAUGUCAGACCCAGACUCUGUCAGCUCUGUCUUCUCGGACACGCCCAUCGUAGUGUAGGUGUACGGAAGACAUGGAGAGGUGGGAGUGUUGGAGAGCGAGUGGACGAGGACAGGUAAUGACCCUCCCCUAGAGUGCAGCUGGCCAGGGGGAGAGGGGCUGGGCCCAGCAGCGAGGUGAUGGGUCUCCAUGCACAUGGCACAAUGCUGCUGCCAGGUGCUGCCUCCUGCUGUGCAGCACUGAUCCUGCUAUCGCCCCAAUGAACAUUGUCCUCCCAUCAGCAGAGCCCAAGUGGCAAGCAGAGCCCGGCAGUCCACUCCCUGCAGCCGCCCUCGACGAGGAACUCCAGCCAGAGCUUUGCAGAGUCCCACCAAGAAAUGAAACGUGCAGCGGGGAUACGGCGCCAGUGCCCCGCAGAGCUGGGAGGGGGGGCAGGGGGUUGCUGCUGAAAGACCCCAUGCUGCAGUGCCAGGGCAAUCCUUCCUUACUGCUCAAGGGACAUCCCAGGUCUGUUUCUGACUACCUUGGCGCGAAACCAUGCUCAUCUCUGAGACGUCGCAGCACCACAACCUUGGCCUGGAUCCGCCAUUUGAAGGUCACCUUCUGCUUUCAUAGCUUGGCCACUGAAAGCCUUGACAUCUGUUGGGGACCAGUGUGUGGGAGCAAGGGGUCUCUCUCCUGCUACCAACCAGCCUCUUGCUGGACACCCCCAUUUGGAACUAAGGCAGCCCAAAGAUUUUCAGCUUCAUCAGGAUGAAAGCAGGCAUUGAUCCCGCCCUGGGGCCUGUAAGAUGGCAUGCCAGCUGCCCCUCCUGCAGCGGGAACUCAGGACACAGUGGGGCAUGAUCAACACCAGCUGGUCCCCCAGUGAGCUCUCUGGCUGACAGCCUAAUGAUCAGAUUCCCAUUCCUAAUUACAAUGAUACAUCAAGGCACAAGCUGGGUUUCCGGGACAGCUAUUCAGCAUUGCAGAACAUCAGCAACCCCUUGGUGGGCUGUGCCGUGGCUGCCAGGGAGGCACUGCGCCUCUACCCCUUCUGUACAGUGCUCUUGUGGGCUGUCCCAGCGAGCCGAGGGGCUGCGUGCUCCAGGGAUGUUAGGAAGGGGAGCUGGUAAUGGAGUCUGCUGAAGGCAGCAGGCAGAGCACAGGAGCCCUGCAGGGAAGGGGGGUUGGGAACUGUGAUCAGACAUAGCAGCACUUCUGAGCAGACAUGGGGGGUGGGGCCCCCAAAAUAUGCUCCUGCUCCUUCUACAUCUCCCUUAAGCCUCCCCCACCCCCAUGAUCCUGGUGGCUUUUCUCUCUGCCCAGCUACAAAUUGAUUCCAUCCUAUAUUUCCUUUUCCCUUCUCCUUUCACCUGGGAGAGUCUGGGCCCAUCCCAGGGAGUGGGGAGGGGAUAGGCACAGAGAAGGAGCGGGGACAGAAGAUCAGGCUGUCCCCUUGCAGUGGUCCCUUUGCCCGCCCCCAGAGGAGAGAGACAGAGAUGUGGUCUUGACAUGGACAUCCCAGCUCUGAGCCUGCUAGCAACAAACUCGCCCAGCACGGGCCAGCUGGAGGCAGGGUUUGGUCUAUGCACAAGGUGCAGCCAGAGGACUCUGCGCUAAGCAGGUGCCACCCGCAGAGGAGAUAGCAUCCCCCCCUUCCCUCAGACGCGGGGAGCGAAAGGGUCAGGGGGUCCCAGAGGGAGGGUGCUGCUGUACACGAGGGUAGGGGGAGCUAAUCAGAUGCCCCUGGCUGUCAGGGCGUUACCUUGUGGGGAUCCCCACCCAGCCUACAGCUGGUUCUCAAGCCGUCCAUUCUCCUAGUGGCUCUCAGCUUCAGGGAGCAGGGGGUGAACAAAGGUGGGCAAGAGCAGCCCAGAAAGAUUGGGGUAGAGGGAAGCCCCCACUGAUCUCUCUGGCCAUGAAGAGCAUCAUCACCAAAGAGUGGCGAGCUCCAUGGUACGUCACUGUGGACUCUCCCUGGAGCCCUAGAUCUCUCCAUCGCUGUCCCAGCUGCCAUCGCCCUGGGGGCUGUCCGAGCCUGCGAGGGGCCCGAGGUGAUGGCUGGCACAAGCAGGAGCACGAGGCGACAUCUCCUCCAUCCCACUCAUCAGCCCGAGAACGGGGCUCGGCUCCGGGACUCGUCUAAAUGCUUUUCCUGGCAUGUUAUUGUGAAGCAUGAGUCCUCCAAGAGAAGCAUACUAUCCAGGUGAGACCAGCCUGCAAGCCACACAGCGGGGAGCUCGGGGGGAGGGGGCAGAGCAAGGGGAGGGUGUGUGUGAAAGAGAUUUUGUUCUGGUUGUGUGUGACAGAUUCAAUCCUGGCACCUGUGGAACCACAAGGCUGCUUAGCUGCCCCCCCCCCGAUGCAGUCACUUCCCCUCCCCACCCCGCAAAAAAGCCCUGCUAGCUUUCAGGCUCAUUGUGAGCUCCCUGAAUACCACAGCCGCCUGGGUGCUGGGCAGGGAGCGCCCCGGGCAGGCUGAGGCAGCUGCAGGAAGGUGUGUGUGUGGUGGGGGGGAAAGCAGGGAGACCUGACUCAGGGGAGGUCAGUGCCCUCCACACGCCAGUUCCCAUGUCUGCCUGGCCCUCCCUGGGGUGACCCAUGUACGCUGCUGCACACAGCUCCCCCCCGUACAAUCGCAUCUGUGUGUGUGCAAGGGCAUCCAGCCCAGUUCGCAUGCUCAGCGUGCGGCUCUGUGAGCUGGUGCGUGGCUUGGCACACAGGCUCUGAGGCUGUGCUGUGUGCAUGGGGCUAUUGUGAGCGUGGAGCUCGAAUGGUGCUGAGUGUCUCUGCCAGCACGCUCUGUCUGGGAGAGGUCAGACAUGGGGAGUGAGACUGAGCACAUUGGUACCUUGCUAGGGCUGUGUGCAUGCCUCCGUGUGGAUGAGUGCACAAGUGUGCAUGGGGGUGUUGCAUACCUGUGUGCGUAUGGAUGCAUUGGUGUGCUUGAGAGCACACACAAGUGUGCAUGGGUGUGUACAUGCAUGUGCACAUUCACACACACACUCCCACACCCCACUCAAAGACCCAGCCUCCAAACACAGCUGCUCCCCUCCCAGCUUGCCUGCCAGAAGCUGUGGACACCUCUGCAUGUGACAGGAAGCAAAGGGGAUGAGAUCCACAGCCCACUGCCCAGACCUAUGGCCGGAGCUGCCAGGAGGAGCCCUGCCUAGCUCUCCAGUGGCCCCUCCAAGAGCCAGGCUGCCAGAGGGAGCUGUCUCUGGCGGGAGAGGUGCGGGCUGGGCCACAUGGCGAGUGUGAGGCUGCUAGCUGGGCUCGUGCCUUGCACUGCCUGGCUUGCUGAGAGCCGCACCUGCGGGUCAGGACACAACUCAGCCCCGUGGAGAGAGCCCCAUGUAGUGGCUGGGGGACACCAGGGACACCAGGGCUAGAGAACUGAAAAGCUCCCUGUGGUGCUGCUCCCGGGAACAGAAAGGCAGGGGCAGAAGCAGAGUGGGAGCCCUGGGUUCCUUGUGCCAGCUUGUGUGCUGGGCUGUCCCACCGGCUGUGUGCUGUGGCCUUGCGAGGGGAUCAUGGGGGCUGCGUUGCCUUACUAGAAUGUGCAUUAGGGAGCCAUUGGUGACCUCCAGCAGGGCCUGAUAGGCAAACCCUAGCAUGCUCGCUGGUGCAGCCUGCUCUGAGCUCCUCACCAUGGUUCUGUGCCUUGAGGGGGCCAUGCAGGAGGAUGCAGAAGGGAAGAAAGGGCAGCUCUGGGCAGUCAGAUCUCCAGUGCCCUGUAUCCUAUUUCCUUCCCCCCGAGCUGGCCAGUCCACCAAGAGCCAGUGCCCCAGAGAGGGAAAAGGCCCAAGAGCCUAUUCCCCACCCCUAAGCCAGACAGUGUCUGUUGCAUCUGACCAGACGAUCGUGUCCCCCUAGCCUGAGCUCCAACCUCAGCAGCCCCUUGGUGAGCAGCUAGAACCUUGCUGCUUUCGUGGCACCGGAUGACACUGUGCAUCAUCAAUCAUUCCUAAGGCCUUUCCUCCCCUUAACCCUGUGCAGGCAGAAGGGGAAGCCCCUCACUCUCUUUCCCAUUGUAAAUAAACAAGUGGCUGGAAGAUUCACCCACUGGCUGCACAACUACCUGCACAGAAAGAGGGGCCCAGGGCACAGGUCUGGGCAACCCCCCGGCCUGUGCCUGCCACACAGGGAAGACUGACAGGAUCCUACUGGAAAUAGGCAAAUGCAGCCCACCAAGAGCCAUGGGAGAGCUCUCCUCCCCCAUCUCUGCCACGUCCCAGGAGCUGUAGCCCCCAAAAAGACAGGACCGAGAUCACGGCAUGCAAGACUGGCCACCCUUGCGCUUGCUAAUCAAUGGGCAGAUCCUAGAAGGUGUUGAGCACCCUCAACUCCAUCGCCCAGCACCACGAAGGAUCAGGCCCUUGAUCUGGAUGCCUCUCUCUGCUAGUACCCGACAGCUGAUGCUAGAGAGGCAGGACACCCCCUCCCCAUGUCCAGGGGUCUGCCCUGUGAGGGUAUUGAAGGAGGGGCACAGCCCCCCCCCCAAGCAUCCUUGCAACUCUGCCUCGAUACAGCACUGAUACAAGGAACAGGGGCCUGGGGGCAGCCAGGAGUAGACUGGUGAUGCUGGGUCACUGCUCAGAGGAAGGAAGCUGGAGAGGGAAACCCACAGGGCAGGGCUGGGGGCCCAGCAUGCUGAACAGAGAGCCUGUACGCUAAAGGGGUCCCUGGCAGUGGCCAGGAGCCCCCAGGAGAGUUAAGGGAGAGCAGAGAGGGGACAGGAGGAGCUCUGGUUCCACGGGAGGGUGUGUGUGCGGGUGUGCGUGUGGGUGUGGGUGUGUGCGCAGAGGGAGGUGUCCCAGUUAACCGCUGUGUCUGUGGAGCCUCCAGGCUAGGUCAGAGGUGGCUGCUCUGCUCCCACCAGGACGGGGCCAGACAGCUCCUGGCAGAGCCUGUCCACUCUGUGGACUUGCAGGCCCCUGAAUGUUAUUCUGCCCUGCACAGGAUGUGCAUUCUCUUCUCCAUUUCAGCCAGAGCCGCCCGGCCCGCAGAGCACACGGGCUGCAGCUCUCUCUGGUAGGCUGUGCUCUGACGCAUAGACAUAGGCGAAAAUAAACAUGUUUUAAGGUUCUGCAUUUGCAGGCUUGUCUGGUUUUUCACUGGCCUGGUGAGUAACGACAGGAUGUUUCCAGGAGGUGGAGAGAGGCCUGAGAGAAUGGACGUGCUCCCCUAGACAGGGCUAUGGUGGGAGCUUCAGCCAUCAAGGCAGCUCUAGCAUGAAGGUGGGGCAGGGGUUAGGUGCCCCAGGGCAGGUCAUGGUUCCCAGAAGAGCCGCUUUGGGGUAUCCCACCGUAGACAAGGCUGCAGCUGAGAGGGAGGGAGGAAGGCCAGCAGCAGUGGGACUCCAGCUGGUACAGGCAUGCACUGCUGUAACACGGCUCUCUAGCUCACCUUGGCAGGCACUAGGGUUUCCGCAGCACCUACGUGGUCCCAGUGGGGAAUGAACAAUGGGAGAGAUCAAUGUCCACUCGGGAACGUUGGCCACCUCGGGCAGGGGAAGCUGAGGUGAAUAAGCCAUGCUGGGGAGCCGCCAGAGGACAGUGCUGUGGGGUUAUCGAGGGGGAAUGUGACCCAGCCCCAGUGGGAAGCAGUCACAACGUGGCUAGGUGUGGAUGUGGCGGUCUAACGUGGCAUUUGGUGAUCUGGCACUGCUGGGGGCUGGUGUGGAAGAUACAAACUCCAUGAUAAUACCCUGGUGUCAGUGACACAGGGUAACCAACCAUUAAAGGUCUGACCUGGUGCCAAAGGCCCGUAGGCUGAAAGGAUUCACUGGGAAGGGGAGCAGACCGUCUG